AUGGCUCCCAGAAGAACGCGCGCAAGUGCUGCUGCUGAACUUCAGGUCGAAAGCGGCGAACGAGUUUCGAGCCCUCCGCCUGAGCCUGCUGCCAAACGUCAGACUCGCAAGAAAGCUUCUGCAAAGUCAGUUCAAGUCGAGGAUGAAGCCAAUGUUGAAGUCCCAAAGAAAAAGAUGCCCACGCGCAAGCGCAAAACUCCUGCUCCCAAAGAAGAAUCUCCAGUCUUCGGCGAUGAGUUGCCGCACAACCUUGGCUCUCUACCUACCCCCGACACUGAUGAUGCCAAGCAGGUGAAGGCUGAUCCGGAAGAGGUCGAUCAGCUCGCCAAGAAAGCAGCUGAGAUUGCCUCGCCUGAUGCAGACGUCAAGUCUGAGGAAUGUUACGAAGUUGAGCGCAUCCUCGCCAAAAAGCACGGCAAAGUCACAGCGCCAAAAUCCAUCCCGCUACCCUCACUGGAAGUUACUGGCUGCGGUGAGGUUCCUUCGGUCUUGGACGCCUUGAUCAGAACCAGGCUAUCUGCUGCGACGACUGGUAAAAACUCGUCGAAUGCUUUCAAAGGUCUCGUCAAGACUUUUGGUGUUCUGAACGAAGGUGUUGGCAAAGGCAGUGUUGACUGGAACAAGGUGCGCCUCGCAUCUCAACCAGAAGUCUAUGAAGCUAUCAAGAGCGGAGGCCUUGCCAACGCCAAGAGCAAAGACAUCAAGGCCAUCUUGGACAUGGUCUACGAGGAGAACCAAGCUCGAUGCGCUGCACUGAAGAAGGAGAGAGAAGCCAAAACCGAAGGUCCUGCUGGCUCGGAGAACGAACCCGCUGAAGAGAAGAACACCGAGAUACAGCGCGCCGAAUCCGGUGUGAUUUCUCUCGACCAUCUUCACCUACUCUCUAGCGAAGACGCCUUCGCCCGACUGGUCAAGUUCCCUGGAAUCGGUCCCAAGACAGCCUCAUGUGUUCUGCUCUUCUGUUUGCAACGUCCCUCCUUCGCUGUCGACACUCACGUCUUCCGCCUCUGCCAGUAUUUGGCCUGGGUUCCAAAAGAAGUCCAGAAGGGUCAGCCUCCCGUCAAUCGCGAAACCACUUUUGCUCACUGCGAAGCACGUGUUCCUGAUGAUCUCAAAUACCCGUUGCAUCAGCUUCUCAUCAAGCACGGCAAAGAGUGUCCCAGAUGCCGCGCUGCUACCAGCACAAGUAGCGAGCGUUGGGAGGAGGGAUGUCCAAUCGAGCACUUGGUCACUCGUCAUGGUGCCAAGAAGGGUGAAGUCUCACCUGCAGGCAAGGCAGCUCCCAAGACCAAGAGAGCCGCUGCUGCCAAGAAGGGCAAGGGCAAGAAGAUGGUCGACAACGACAGCGAGGAAGCUGAGAGCAGCGGUCUCAGCGAUGCCGAGAGCGAUGAAGACUACGAGUAG